AUGAUAAGCAAUGUUGUCAAACAAGGAGUUGCAAUUGAUAUCAAUUUAAAUGACUAUGAUCCAAAACAAGUUCAGUUGCUCUAUGAACCAAUGAUAGUUGUAGAUGACAAAGAUUGUAUGUUGGGUACAGCAACAAAAAAAGAUGUUCAUUUAUUAUCAAAUAUUAAUAAUGGUCUUAUCCAUCGUGCAUUUAGUCUAUUUUUAUUUAAUUCCAAAACAAAUGAAUUAUUAUUACAACAACGUUCACCAGAGAAAAUAACAUAUCCAAAUUUAUGGACAAAUACAUGUUGUUCUCAUCCAUUAUAUAAUGAUCAAGAAUUGGAUGGAGGACAGGGGAUUAAACAUGCCGUUAUACGACGUGUGAAUUAUGAAUUAGGAUGUGAUUUUUUAACAAACGAUGAUUUACACUAUUUAACUCGAAUCUAUUAUCGAGCUGAAAACAUUCCAAACGAUCAUUUAUUUGGUGAAUGUGAAAUUGAUUAUAUUGUUGUAGCUUUCAAAAAUUUUAAUUUAUUAACCGAUUUAAAACCAAAUUUAAAUGAAAUUAGUAAAAUUAAACUUAUGCCUUUGGAACAGGUGGAACAGUUAAAUGAAGAAACCAUCACACCUUGGUUUCGAAUGAUUAUCAAAUCUGGACUAUUGAAACAAUGGUGGAAAUCAAUUCCAAAUGAUCUCACAAAGUGUAUUGAUCAUACAAAUAUCCACAAAAUGGCUUAA